UACACCCUAGACGGUUCCCAUUCCCAUUUCCCUUUCGAAUUUCAGUUUCAAAUCGAAUUGGAUCGAGAAAGCAAGAAAGAAAGAUGAGAGAGAUAAUAAGCAUACACAUAGGUCAGGCUGGGAUUCAAGUUGGCAAUUCCUGCUGGGAACUUUACUGCCUCGAACAUGGCAUUCAGCCCGAUGGCAUGAUGCCUAGUGACACCACAGUUGGAGUGGCGCACGAUGCAUUCAACACGUUCUUCAGCGAAACUGGCUCAGGAAAGCACGUGCCACGUGCGGUGUUCGUGGAUCUGGAGCCAACCGUCAUCGAUGAAGUCAGGGCCGGCACUUACCGUCAGCUCUUCCACCCUGAACAGCUCAUCUCCGGCAAGGAAGACGCCGCCAACAACUUCGCCAGAGGACAUUACACCGUCGGCAAGGAGAUCGUAGAUCUGUGCUUAGAUCGUGUCAGAAAGUUAGCCGAUAACUGCACAGGCUUGCAAGGGUUUCUUGUCUUCAGCGCCGUCGGUGGCGGCACUGGCUCUGGUCUCGGCUCACUCUUGUUGGAACGCUUAUCCGUCGAUUACGGCAAGAAAUCGAAGCUCGGUUUCACCAUUUACCCUUCGCCACAGGUUUCGACGGCGGUUGUUGAGCCAUAUAACAGUGUUCUCUCCACUCAUUCGCUCCUUGAGCACACCGAUGUGGCUGUGCUCUUGGACAAUGAAGCGAUCUAUGAUAUUUGUAGGAGGUCGCUUGAUAUUGAGAGGCCCACUUAUACCAAUUUGAAUAGGUUGAUUUCUCAGAUCAUUUCAUCUUUGACAACCUCGUUGAGGUUUGAUGGUGCUAUUAAUGUUGAUAUUACUGAGUUCCAGACUAAUCUUGUGCCUUAUCCUCGAAUUCAUUUCAUGCUUUCCUCUUAUGCACCUGUUAUCUCUGCUGCCAAGGCAUACCAUGAACAACUCUCAGUGCCUGAGAUUACUAAUGCUGUGUUUGAGCCUGCUAGCAUGAUGGCAAAGUGUGAUCCUAGGCAUGGCAAAUACAUGGCUUGCUGCUUGAUGUACCGUGGUGAUGUUGUUCCUAAGGAUGUCAAUGCUGCCGUUGCCACCAUCAAAACUAAAAGGACUGUUCAGUUUGUUGACUGGUGCCCAACUGGGUUCAAAUGUGGUAUCAAUUAUCAGCCUCCUACAGUUGUACCUGGUGGUGACCUUGCUAAGGUCCAACGGGCUGUUUGCAUGAUCAGUAACAACACUGCAGUUGCUGAGGUGUUUUCUCGCAUUGACCACAAAUUUGAUCUCAUGUAUGCCAAGAGGGCCUUUGUCCACUGGUAUGUCGGUGAAGGCAUGGAAGAAGGGGAGUUCUCAGAAGCCCGUGAAGAUCUAGCUGCUCUUGAGAAAGAUUAUGAGGAAGUUGGUGCUGAGGGAGCAGAAGAUGAAGAGGAAGGAGAAGAUUAUUGAUUUUAUAAUAUAAUGCAAGGCGUUUUCCUUAUAAUUGUUUCAACUAAAGUGGGUAUAUGCUUUGUUACAUUGCCCCGCACCCGUAUUGUUCUUUACUUUCCUGUGUGAUAUAGUUCCAUCAUUCAAACUGUGAAAUGUUAGACAUUGUGUUUCUACAUGUUCAUUUAGGAUGUUGUUUGCGGCAUCAGUUUGUGUUCAGAAUUGUCCCAUCUCAAAGUUUGAUUUUCUUUUAUUCACGCUUGCUGCUACU